AAUAAGGGGAUGGUGUUUGAGUUUGUCUCACCCGGAUGUAAAUCACGGUGCAUCUUUUCGGUGAGUGUAGACUUGUUGUAUUAGCAAUCUUGGCUUGUCAGCCUCAACGGGGUAGCCAAGAUAAGGGCUUCGAUCUGGUGUUUCUCUUAUUUACCCUCACAGCCAUUUUUAGGUUUUACGAACGGCCGGAAUUAUCAAAUUCCACUCUCUCUUAUUCCACAUAACCUCUCCAUCAGAUCUCUUUCCCCAAAUUCAAUUCCCGCCGAUCGUUUUUACUCUUCUCUGUUCUCUUCAAGUUUCAUUCUCGCCGUCCCAGUUUCGAAAAAAUAGUUUGAGCGGGGUUUUCAUUUGAUUUAGGGUUUUGACGAGGGGUUUUCAUUUAGAAGAAGGGUUAUUAUUAUUUAUGGCCGAAGCUGAAAUUGAGAUACCUUAUUGUUCUGAAAAUAAAGAAUCAAAUAUGUCCGAGGAGGAGGAGGCUAAACGGAGAAUCGGUCCGGUAAGGUGUCGAAAGGGCGGUUGGACUGCUGAAGAGGAUGACUAUUUGAGAAGAAGUGUUGAAGCUUACAGGGGACAAAAUUGGAAGAUAAUAGCUUCAGGUUUACCUGAUAAAACGGCUGUGCAAUGUCUGAAUCGAUGGAAAAAGGUUCUCAACCCCAACGUAAAUAAGGGAACAUGGACCCCGGAGGAAGAUAGGAAACUCAUUGAGCUGGUAUCCGAGUAUGGACCUAUAAAAUGGUCUGUCGUAGAAAAAUCCAUGCCAGGUCGCAUGGGAAAGCAAUGCCGUGAAAGAUGGUUCAACUAUUUAGACCCAACGAUUAAAAAGGAUGCUUGGACUGAAUAUGAAAAACUUGCAAUUGUGAAGGCCCAACAGAUUUAUGGGAAUCAAUGGGUAGAAAUAGCAAAGCUUUUACCCGGAAGGACUGAAAACGCAAUAAAGUGUCUGUGGAAGUGCUCUCUGAAGAAUAAGUUAGAUUUCUACCUAUCCGCCGAACAGUUCCCACCAGAUCUGAAGACGGGGGAAGAUAAAGGGUUAAAUGCCAGUGCCGAAAGUUGCUUGGGAAAUGAGAACUCCAUAAGAAAUCUCUGCAAUGCCCCUUUGCAGAAAAACCUAGAUACCCAUCUAUCUACUGAGAGAUUGCCAUCAUUUGGUUCAGUUCUGACGACGGGGGAAGAUAAUGCCAUAUUGGAUUCCGACCUAUCUACUGAACAAUCGCCAUCAGUUGGUUCAGUUCUGAAUAUGAGGGGAGAUUAUGCCAAAAAAACCAAAUCAUUAGUUGUUGGAAACUCUGCAGUAUGUAAUGAUAAAGGGUUUAGCGCCGCUACUCGAAGUUGCUUAGGAAAUGGAGACACAGUAAAGAAUCCCUGGAAUAACUCUUUAAUGGAGAACUUUGGUUUCCAUCUAUCUACUGGACAAUUACCACCAGCUGAUACAAUUCUGAAAACUGAGGAUUACGCCCUACAGAUAUCAAUAUCCCCAGUUGCAGGGAAGAUGAAUGGACGUAACAAUGAAGGAUUUUAUGCCGGUACCCAGUGUUCCUUGGGAAAUGAAGACUUCUAUAAUGUUGAUGAGAAUCACAUGGAUCUGGUAGAGCCCUCGACCCCAGAAUUCUUAGAUACGGAGGAUCCAGCAGGUGUACUAGCAACCGACUCAAGUAACUCACUUGGCCGAGGAUGCAGGCAACUGGCAUCAGAACAUGGAUUUGGCAGAUCGAAUUCAAAAUCAAACUUGGUCAAGUAUAGAAGCAUUGCUGAUAUCGAGAGAAGCAUUGUUGGAACACCGUCGCCAAUUUCUGUUCCAGUCACUGGUUCUUUUAAUCAAGAAACGUCGGGCUUAACCUCAGUUUCGUCAUCUACCGUUUGCGUACCUCCAGCAUGUAUUAACAAUUUGGUUAGUCAGAGGGUAAAAUCUGUAUUGAAGGAUGCUGCUCAGAACUUCUCAAACCUUCCAUCCAUAUUAAGUAAAAGAAAGAGACAAGCUACUGGAACUCGGAAUAGAAAUGAACAUAUAAAGCAGGUACAAGAUGAAGAAAGUUCGCAUUCACUCGAAUUGGAAAAAGCUGAUAAUAGCAAGGAAAAGCCUGCAUCAAUGGUUGUGAAUUUGGAGAAUCAAAAUACUUCUUGUCAUGAAAAUAGCACUAUUAGGCUGUUUUAUACUAGGAAGGCUUAUGGUUUAAGGCAAAACUAAUCAGAUGUUUUUGAGUUUUUGGAGAAGCAAAUGUAUAUGGAUGAAGUGAUGGAUGAAGGACUGCAGUCUCUCGAAAUAAAGAAAAUAGAUAUUUCGGAGGAAAAUUCUGGAUCAGUCGAUGUGAGUCUGAAGAGUGAAAAUUCUGUUUGUCAUGAUAAUAGAUAGAUUCAGGCAAGAACAGUCCGAGAUGUUUUAUAAUGUGAAGGCUCGUACACAUGGUUUAAGCAAAAUCAUGUUUAACAUUUCUGUGUCUCUAAAGAAGCAACUGGAUUAUAGCGUGGAUAAGCCUGGAUCAGCGACUGACAAUUCUGCUCAUCGUAGUAAUAGCACUGUAAGGCUGUUUUAUACUAGAAAGGCUCAUCCACACAAAUUAAGGCAAAAACAUCUGGAGUUCACAUUUAAUGGCAUUUUCAUUAAUGAUGGCCAAUCCAAAUCAUCAAAUUCAGGCUUAUCUUAACGAGAGUUUUUCACGAACAAUGAUGAUGUGCUUGACCUAGUUGAAAAACUCCAUUUGAAGUCAAUCACAAAUAUGGAGGGUGAAGAUAUCUCAGUAUAAAAACUGAAACCUCAAUACAGUAAUUUGGAACAGUAACCUGCAGCGACCGAAAACAAUAACUGCGUAUGAAUUGAUCAUUGGCUCUCUAUUUUUGGCGGGCGAUAGUUUUAAUUAACUCGUCAUAUCUUUUUCUGAAUCACUCGUCUUUCCUCUUCUUCGAUUUCUGCCAUCAACUGUCCAGGAGGAAAGUGGCUGGUGCUCAAGUUCAGAUGAGGCAGAGUCCAGAGCAUGUAGGGCAGCAGCAGAUUGGUCCAGACAGUAUGGACAACAGCCAGUAAAGUUUUACAAUGACAACAAAGGUGUAAUUACAGCAAUGAAGAAGAACGAUUUUGUUAACACGCCUUUGGGAACAGACAGGGUUGACAUGAGAUGGUUCAAAGGAGGAUCUAACACAGAUUUGAUGAGAACAUCUCUCCCUCCAAAGUUAAGAGAAGCUAACUUCCAACCUUGUAAUUUGUUUGUCACUUUGACCAUGUAAUCCAGAAAAUCACUAUUUUUUGAUCGACCCCAUUGUAGAUUACACCCUAAAUAUUUUCCAGGGUGAGUAAUAAUCUUCUUCAUACCGA